UGGCGCUGUUAUCCAACUCCAACCUCAACUGGCCUUGACUCUGAAGAGCCACCGACGUCAACCCUCUAAUAGACGACGAAAGCAAUGAAGACCGCCUUCAUCGUCUUCCUCCUCGCACUCUGCCUCGCGUCCUACGUUCUUUUCAUGUCGGUGGAAGAACGCUCGCCCUUCUUCCUCCUCGGCGCCGGCUACGACGUUCACAUCACCAACGGUUUCACCAACAACUCCUCGCUGCCGCUGGUGAUCUGGUGCUCGUCGCAGGAGCAGAACCUCGGCGGGAGAGCCCUCCAGGAGGGCGACGACUUCAGCUGGAGAGUGAAGGCCAAUGUGUGGAAGAACAGUCUCUUCGUCUGCACCAUGAAAUGGGACGGCGUCAGGAAGAGGUUCGAGGCGUUUCGGGUUCACCGCGACGGCCACCGGUGUGCUCUGUUCAAGAAGUGCUUCUGGUUGGUGAAGGAAGAUGGGUUUUACUUCAGCGGCGAUGGAGUUAAAUGGAAGAAGGAUUUUUCAUGGUCCUAGCUCGCUAGUUGCUUACUGUAAUUUGCGUUGUGGCUUGAUUUCCUUUCUCUUGCUUUAGAUGGUGCUUUCGGGGAAACAUAUAAGCAGCCAUUUAAGGAAAUUAAUUGUCACCAUAACAAGCAAUGCCUCUUUGGGUUCAGCCAUAUAUGAUAUGAUCCAGCAGGCUGCAGGCAGGCAGACAGAAAUAUCAUUUGUGUUCGCUGUUUUGGUAAUAUAAUAAACUUAGUUUUAUUCU